UUCAAGCUGGGAUCGUAACGCGCACGCGAGCGCGCUUAGCGUGUGUCUUCGUCUGCGUGUGCGCUUUGGUGAUGCGCACGAGCGUCUGUGUGUGUGUGUGUGUGUGUGUUUCUCAGGCUGGCACACACCGAAGUCUGCCAGCGGACGCUUGCGGUGGCAUACCGUGACAGUGCAGCUUUACCGGAGCGGAGCCGAUUGAGAGUCGAGCCCAUCCAUCCGUCCGUCCGUCCGUCUAUCCACGCGUUACCGGGGAAACAGAUGGGCACGUUCGCGCUCGGACCUGUUGUUCGUAGGAUCGUCAAGCUCGGCGUUUCGGCAAAGCCACGGGAAUAGUGAGGUCCUCCCGGGUUGGAUCGCGUUUGGAGCAUCAGUCGUGCGCUGCGCGUCUCCGCCGAUCAUCAGAUGAUGCUGCUGCGUAUUCACGGGUCCUCCUCCGGUACCACCGGCAUUACUCACGCACCGGCGGAGUGAGAGCAGCUGAAGAUGAUCCUCAGAUGAACAGGUCGGGGAAACUUUUUCUGGAUGAUGUUCGGGGCUGUUUGGAUAUCUGAUGGCCACGACGAUGAGUUUGUUUAACCGCAGCGGAGAAGGAAAUUUAACAGGUGCGUAAUUGUCGCUCGAGCAUGAAUCCCAGUGGCUUCUGGCGCCUUCUCCAGUUCAGAAGCUCUUUGGAGAUCACGCGGGGAGCGCGCUAGUUGAUGGCACUGCGCGCCGGGAGGACUUUGCUGUGGUUCGGGCAGGUUUUGCGCAGAGUUUCGCGGCUGCAGGGCUUGUGGUCCCGGCGCUCCAGCAGUCUGCUGUGUCUCUCCGCCAGCCAGGACCACGAUCAAGGGACCUGUUACAACCGCAACCGGUGUCCGAAGACGCAACAGCAGCAGCACUGCCCCUAUCCGCCCUUUCCAGACUGCUGCUGCGCCUUCCCGGGGGAUAAGAGGGGACAUGAACCCCUCAGCCGCCGGUUCCUGGUGGCCAUGAAGAGGCAGAACGUGCGGACGCUGUCCCUGAUCGUCUGCACGUUCACCUAUCUGCUGGUCGGGGCCGCGGUGUUUGACGCGCUCGAGUCGGACUUCGAGAUGCGGGAGAAGGAGCAGCUGGAGGCUGAGGAGAAGCGCCUCCAGGGCAAGUACAACAUCAGUGAGGAUGACUAUAAAAAGCUGGAAACCAUCAUCAUGGAGGCCGAGCCGCACAGAGCAGGGGUCCAGUGGAAAUUUGCAGGGUCCUUUUACUUUGCCAUUACUGUCAUAACCACUAUAGGUUAUGGCCAUGCGGCUCCAGGUACAGAUGCUGGAAAGGCGUUCUGCAUGUUUUAUGCAGUGCUUGGAAUCCCUCUGACGCUGGUGAUGUUCCAAAGCCUCGGUGAGAGGAUGAACACUUUCGUGAAGUACAUGCUGAAGCGCAUCAAAAAGUGCUGCGGGAUGCGCAUCACGGAAGUCUCCAUGGAGAACAUGGUGACCGUGGGCUUCUUCUCCUGCAUGGGAACGCUCUGCAUCGGCGCAGCAGCUUUCUCCCACUAUGAGGACUGGAGUUUCUUUCAGUCCUAUUACUAUUGUUUCAUAACGCUCACCACCAUCGGGUUCGGGGACUUUGUGGCCCUGCAGAAGAACAAAGCUUUGCAGAGAAAGCCCCUCUAUGUGGCGUUCAGCUUCAUGUACAUCCUAGUGGGGCUGACGGUCAUCGGGGCCUUUCUCAAUCUGGUGGUCCUUCGUUUCUUGACCAUGAACAGCGAGGACGAGCGGCGGGAUGCCGAGGAGAGGGCUUCCCUGGCGGGGAACCGCAGUAGCAUGAUCAUCCACAUCCAGGAGGACACGCUGCAGAGGAGUCGACGGAGACGAGAACAGCAGCAGCAGCGUUACAGAUCCGAGGUCACAGAUCUCCAAUCCGUUUGCUCCUGUAUGCACUACCAUUCGCACGAGUUCGGGAGCUCGGUGGGCCUCGGGUUGGGAAUGGGAGGAGGAGGAAGCGGUGUUGGCGGCGCAUUUCCGCAUCAGAACUCGUUCGGCUCCCAGUUGAGCCCUCAUCAGUACCAUCACUACCACUCGACGGUGUCCUACCGCAUAGAGGAGAUCUCGCCGAGCACGCUAAAAAACAGCUUUCUUCCCUCCCCCAUCAGCUCCGUCUCGCCCGGGCUGCACAGCUUCACAGAAAACCUUCGGCUCAUGAGACGACGCAAGUCCAUCUGAGGACCGAUGGCAACCGCUGAACACACAUAUCCAAUGCUGCUGCUCUACCAAACCUCAUUCUGCCACUUUUUUUCAUCAAUUUCUGGCUGACUUCGGACAAGCAGGACAUUUGGUCGCUUGGUGGAUAUAUUGGAACUUAAUGUUAAAAAGCAUGAAGCAUGGAUAUCUAUUUUUGCAGAAAACAUCGCCUGGGCCUUCUUUGCCCCUUUGAGCAGCACCCAAGUGGAUUUGGAUAUAAUACCACCAUCCUGAUAUCUUGUCAGAUGAUGCACACUUGCAUUUUGAAUAAUACAGAAGGAGAUAGAUAUAUAGAUAUAAAUAUAUAUAUAUAUAUAAUUUUUUAAGGGACACAUGAAAAUGUGUGUUUUAUCAAACGGUGAGCAACCUCUGGUUCUUUCUUGAGAUUCAAGUGCCACACCACCGAAGGAGAAAUAACGAUAAAACUGAUUUGAAAAGGACUACACAGUAUCAGGUAUUGUUUUCUAUAAGCAAUUCUA